GCUGUGCUGAUCUCCAACCUGAAGGGGGCUCCGCAGUUCAACGGCACCGUGGCCUCCGUGGUGGGCUUCCGAAACGACCGCGUGGAGGUGCAGCUGGAGGCGGAUGGCGCUCAGAAGACCUUGGCGCUGAAGCCAGAGAACCUGAGCGAGACAGGUAGGAAGGAGGACACGGGAGAGUUCCAGACCCGCGAGGAGCCGCCGGCCGAG